AUGAGGAUGUCUGCGGAUUACCGUCAGGUGAAUAGAUUGACGGUAAAGAAUAAGUACCCACUUCCGAGGAUUGACGACUUAUUCAAUCAGUUUCGUGGGGCCUUUGUAUUUUCUAAGAUUUAUCUUCGUUUUGGGUACCAUCAACUUAAGCAGUAUUUGGAUCAGUUCGUUUUGGUUUUCAUCGAAGAUAUUCUAAUAUACUCGAAGACAGAGGAUGAUCAUGAUGACCAUCUUAGAGUAGUUUUGUAUAUACUUCGAGACAAAAAGCUUUACGCUAAGUUGAGCAAAUCUCCGUUAACUAAUUUGUUGCGUGAAAAUGCACCAUUUGUGUGGACCAAUGAGCAACAAGUAACUAUGGACUUCGUUAGUGGGUUGCCUUUAACACCCACGAAGAAGGAUUUUGUUUGGGUCAUCAUGGAUCAUUUGACCAAGGACCCAUGUUUCGUUUCUCGGUUCUUGAAAAAAUUUCAUAAAGCUCUAGAUACUCAGUUGGGCUGCAGUAGUACGUUCCAUACUCAGACAACUGGACAAUUUGAUAGGAUGGCACCUUACGAGACUUUGUAUAGUCGUAAGUGUCAUACCCUUUUGUGUUGGACUAAGUUGGGCGAGAGACGGGUUUUGAGUCUUGAGUUGGUUUCUUAUACUGAGAACAAGGUUAGACUGAUUCGGGAUCGUCUUAAGGUGUCUCAGUGGAAGAAGGUCAUUCAGUUUGGACGUAAGGGGAAGUUGAGCCCUAGGCGAUAUAGGUCUGACCCAUCUUAUAUUGUUUCUAUUGAGGAGAUUGAGGUAAGACCGGAUUUGACCUUUGAGGAAGAAUCGGAGGAGUUGAAUGGGACGUGGUAG